UCCCCCCACAGUGACAGUGCUGAUGGUGAUCGGAUUCAUCUUCAUGCUCUUGCCCAUUAUGGUGGUCAGCUCUGAUACCCCCAUAAGAGCUGUGAUGGGUGGCAUUACAACAUUAACAGCUAUGACGGCCUGUAUGGGGGAAAGAAAGUGGACUGUCAAGAAGGGUGCCGAGUACCGCCAUGUAAGCACUUGCAAAGAGGAGACAUGCUCUGUGGAACCGCGCUUUCGGAACCGAGCCGAGCAACGGGGGACUAAUCUCACCAUCAGCCCAGUGCUGUUUGAUGAUGACGGCUUCUACAUUUACUCUUGUGAUGGCAAGGAGACCGCCUGGAUUCCCUUACAUCUUGAGUCUUGUACAAGCACUGCUGUCAUUGCUGCUGGUGGUGAUCUCUCCAUGAGCCUGUGUAGCCUGGAUCAGGUGAAAUUGAACUUCACCCCAAGGGGCAGUUCAGCAGCAGAGACGGUGUUCAUCAUGGACAACGGACAAGUGUUCGUUCGUUCACAAGCCUCAAGAGGCAUGACACUGUCUGUGCAGAACAACACUGCUGUGCUCUCUGGUGUGCUGGAAGGAGGACUAGUCACAGGCACAGACAGCAAGACUGACAAGAAGCUCUUUGAAGUGAUCGUCACCAUUACUGGAUCUAAUCUAAACUGCUACUGA